AUGGGAGGAGCCGAGGGAGGAGUGGGAGGAGGAGGGCCGAACGAGGAAGCAACUGGAGGGAACCAGGGCGGUCCGAGCGUGAGUGGUGGCAGCGGGAGUGGGAUCAGCCUUGCGGCUGCAGCUGCAGCCGCAGCAACACCACCACCAUCAGCAGCAGCAGCAGCAGCAGCAGCAGCAGCAGACACUGGCAGGGCUGCUGCGCUUGGGAGCAUAAGCAGCCUUGCAGCUUUCCCCAGAUUCAGCACCAACAGCAGGACUCCUGCUGGUGCACUUGGUGCCGCAGCUGCGAGUGCUGCUGCCGCUGGUGGCGGUGCUGGUGGUGGUGGUGGUGUUGCAGCCGCCCCUGCCUUGGCAGGUGCUGGGUACUCAAGAGCCGGUCUGAUAGGCCAGGGCGGGGACUCAGACAGGAAGCGAGCAGCAGAGGAGGAAUUGGACGGGCAGGCUCUCAUCCCCCACAAACGGCAGCGCGCACCCGCAAAACCAGCCGGCUCUGAAAUCCCUCCGGACGGGUGGGAGUGGCGCAAGUACGGGCAGAAAGCUACACUCGGGCAGCUGUAUCCGCGGAGUUAUUUCCGGUGCGCGUUCCGGGGGGGCGGGCCGCCGUGCAUGGCAAAGAAAUGGGCCGAGAGGUGCAACGAAAACCCAUCUAAUUGGCGGAUUAAGUACAUGUCGGAACAUAACCAUGCGAAGCCGCCACCCCGGCCGGUGACGAUCACGAUCGUGCAUGAUGGCAUGGGGGUGGACACGAGUGGAGGCGCGGUUGGUGGUCCUGUAGGGUCGCCGCUGCCAGCUCCUGUGGAAGGAAGGAUGAGCCUGGAUGAGCGAGGGCGUCCGGGAGAAAGAAGGAUGCGGGUAGAGAUGAGGGAUGAGGAGAUGAGGGGUGAGGAGAUGAGGGAUGAGGAGAUGAGGGGUGAGGAGAUGAGGGGUGAGGAGAUGAGGGAUGAGGAGAUGAGGAGAGGAGGGAUGAGGAGAUGA